AUGCUUCUUGAACUUAAAGCGCCUAUCAAUAUUUGCGGUAAUAUUUGUGGUCAAUAUACAGAUCUACUUCGUCAUUUCGAACAUGGCGGCGUUCCACCCGAAUCAAACUAUCUGUUCCUCGGGGGUUAUGUCAAUCGUGGUCUGUCACCUGAGCUUCAUAGUUUGGACCAAAUUCGACAGAUCCAGCGACCAACUGAUAUACCCGAUUGUGGUCUUCUUUGUGAUCUACUAUGGUCUGAUCCAAGUACUAACGUGGAAAACUGGCAAGAAAAUUAUGGUGUUUCAUCUGAAUUUGGUGCUAAUGUAGUGACAGGAUUUUUAAAUCGAUUCAAUAUGGAUUUAAUCUGUCGAUCACAUCAAGUUGUCGAAGAUGGUUACGAAUUUUUUGCUAAUCAUCAAUUGGUUACUAUCUUUUCAGCGCCAGAUUAUAUCGGUGAAUUCGAUAAUGCAGGAGCAAUUAUGUCGAUCGAUCAAAAUCUGACAUAUUCAUUUAAGAUUCUUCAUUCGCGUACUAAACAAAUAAAUAACCAAAACAAUAAUAUGAACAAUUUUUCUUUAACUCAAAUGGAUAUUAGCCAGGAAAAUGUACACCAGACUAAUAUUGGUAAUGGCGAAGCAUUGAAAGACUCUAAUGUAUAUACACUUAAUAAAGAAGUUUGA